GAGCCGCCUGCCAGAAUGGGCUUGUGUAACUUUGCGAACGUGCCAGAAAAGUUUAAAAAGCCCUCAUCUCCUCCCACCCACCUACCCUCCGCCCCUCCCUCCCUCCGCUGCCGCUUCAUUCCAGACACCAGCAAAAGCAAGAGGGAGAGGCGGCUCGCUCAGUCCCGCGCCGAGCGCAUUCCUUUUAGCAAUCUUGGAGAGGAGGAGAGGGGACGCUUGUUGCAAAGGGGAAAUCUGCCACCUGUGUACGAAGAGAGCGCCCAGGCGCCUGCAAAAGCUGCUGCUUCGCCGUCGGGCUGUUGUUUGGCUCGACGGUCCUUCCAGGACCCAGGGGUGCCAAGGGGUACCCCACUCGCCGCCGCCGCCAUGCGCCUCUCCACCCGGCCGCCGCUGCUGCUCCGUGUAGCCCAGCUGCAGGCGUGCGUCUUUUGGAGCUGCCUGCUGUGCGCGCCGUCGGGCGCGCUGCCUCAGCCAAGGAACCCGCCGCCGCCGGCCGUGUGGAGGCAAAGGAUUCAGUGGGAGAACCAGGGGCAGCUAUACAGCCUGCUCAGCGUGGGCUCCCAGUACCAGCCGCCUCGACGGCGCGCAAGCCAGCAGCCCGCGCAAGGCGGCCACGUGUUGCUCCUCCGGGGCAAUGGCACAGCUCCGCGCAGGGCGCAAGCCGUCGCCGCCGACAGCACCACCCGGAGACCCGAGGCGCAGCACUGGUUCCAAGCCGGCUACCAGCAGCCCGACAGGGGACGCGGGGCCGACGGCGCUGCCAGCAGCAGCUCUCGGCGAGCGCCCCUCACCAGCGCCCCCUCCAGGCCGGGCAACAGCAGCGGCGCGCCUCCUCUGAGCAACUUCCCUCGGGCGCGCGGUUUAGACCGCAUGGUGGGCGAUGACCCCUACAACCCGUACAAGUACUCCGACGACAACCCGUACUAUAACUAUUACGACACGUACGAGCGGCCCCGGCCCGACAGCCGACAGCGGCCCGGUUAUGGCACCGGUUACUUCCAGUACGGUCUCCCAGACUUGGUACCCGAUCCGUACUACAUCCAAGCAUCCACUUAUGUGCAGAGGACUUCCAUGUACAACCUGAGGUGCGCUGCUGAAGAGAACUGCCUAGCAAGCUCAGCUUAUAGGUCGGAUGUCAGAGACUAUGAUAAUAGAAUGCUUCUGAGAUUCCCCCAGAGAGUGAAAAACCAAGGCACAUCGGAUUUCUUGCCAAGCCGACCACGAUACUCUUGGGAGUGGCACAGUUGUCAUCAACACUACCACAGUAUGGAUGAAUUUAGCCAUUAUGACUUGCUUGAAGCAAGCUCCCAAAGGAGAGUAGCUGAAGGACACAAAGCAAGCUUUUGUCUUGAAGAUACGUCCUGCGAUUACGGAUACUAUAGAAGGUAUGCGUGUACAGCACAUACGCAGGGACUGAGCCCUGGGUGUUACGACACAUACAAUGCUGACAUAGACUGCCAAUGGAUUGAUAUCACAGAUGUUAAACCUGGAAAUUACAUCUUAAAGGUUAGUGUAAACCCGAGCUACUUGGUACCAGAAUCAGACUACUCCAACAAUGUAGUGCGUUGCGAUAUCCGUUAUACAGGUCACCAUGCAUAUGCGUCUGGCUGCACAAUUUCACCGUAUUAAGAUGAAAGAAAAUUUAUGCAACGGUGCCCAAGGUUUUGAGGUGAAAUUAUUUUAUAAACUUGAGACAGGAUGUAAAAACUUUUGAAAGCGAAAACGAAAAAAGGACCAGAGUAUAUACAAAAAGAAUUUUAAUGACUCUGAAGCAUUAAGACCUCCUUCAGAAUGAAUGUUGUCGCUCAAUUCAUGUGUUCAACUUUUGAGGACAGUGAAAGAUUGGUGCUUUAUAUACAGUAUUUCAAAUUCUACAAGAAGUUUUAACCCAUUCACAGAAAUGCCUUUUCUCUGACUACUGGAAAAUCAGUACGCUAUUUGUGAAUGAGCUUAAGGAACAAUUUAAAGGAUAUUCAAAGAGGCUGAGAUUCAAAGAGUUACUUUAGGUUCAUAUAUGCCCAAUGGAAUCUUACACAUUUUACUUUUUUUAACAACAGACUCCAACCCCUCCAUAUCAAAACUAUGCUUUUUUACAAUUUCAUUUUCUUUGGAAGUUUAUUGCCAUCUGGCAAGUGGCCAGGGCAGUGCUGUCCAAAGGGUCAUGGAACUAAUUUCACAAUUAUUUGGUCUGCAGCCAUAUAAUAAAUACUGAAAGUAAGGAGGAGGAGG